AUGGACCAAAACUGGCGUCCGGCCGUUCAGGUCGUCAUCAAUCAGGCGCAGGCUCACAAUUCUGGUGGGCUUUCACAGCGUCAGGACAGGCCGCUGUCUGUAGAGGAAGCGUUGCAAUACUCUCCUAUGUCUAGCUCUCCCGUGUUUGGCCUAGAUUGCAUCAUUCGCCCUGACGUUGGUCGACCUCCAACCACGACUUCAAUUAAUUAUGUCCUCCAGUCCGGUAGAACGGCCUUGAGUGAUCUUAACGGCGAGAUCCAGUCCGGACGUGAUGAGUCCAAUCGUCUAGAGACGUCCCGGGAAUACCUGCAACAAGUAUUGGAUGGUGACAGGCUGACCGAAUUUAAGUUUAAGUUGCCGGUAGGGGUUGGCAAGACCCAACGCGCGCCCCCUCCGUCAGACCAAGUCCCUGGUCGCGAAAGUCUUGGCUCGUUUGCAAGAAUGAUGCUGGACUCCACGGAUAUAGCGUUUCGCUAUCCAACCGUACCCCAGACAGAAGCUGGAAAAAUACCACAAAAAGCAAGUUCUUGGAAUCAAAAAGCCCAUGCCGCAAACAAGCAAACGUCUGCGUCCUAUAAUCAGCAGGGGCCCCAGUCAAGUCAACUGUCCGUUAUCAUUCCUGUAAAGCCGAUACCGUCGCACGGAGAUAACCGUGGUGCAACGAAGAGGAGAAAGCUUAAUGCUCAAGGAGAGGACACUCUGGCCACAAUACGUUUAAAAGACCAAAAGGAGGAAGCAGACGCUGCUUUGGUGAAACUACAGGACCUUCUUCACGAAAUCUUCGAAUCAGAAGACCAACUUGAUCCAGGGACGUCAUCCAAUAUAGUCUCUGAACAGCCGAAUUCUAUUUUCACCACCCCUCAUGCUCUCGAUGCUAGUGGGCUUAUUCUCACUUCAGAUGCCCAUAGUCGCCUUCAGAAAGCUAUCCGAAAGGUUGUGGGUUUCAAAAGGCUUCAGGACAUUCCGUCAGAAUACCUGAACAGAAUCCAGAAACUAUGUGAAAAGCCCAUUAUUGCCGCGCAAUCACCAGAUUUGAGACUGGACAAUCCUUCAAAUGAAGGCGGAACUCAGGAUUGGCUAAAGAAGUUGGACGAUAUACACAAUGCCCUUCUUGCCGUGGGUACACUGCUGCAGACAAUGUCCGGCUCGCAGAGCGAACGUGAUCUUUGCCCUGAGGAUCUGAUUGAAGCCAUACCGAAUGUCCUUAACCAGGUCUUCGAUCAUUGCAUUAUCCCUGCUGUUGAAUCACGCCCCGGCGGAAAAGAAGCCAAGUAUUUUGAGUUCUUUUCCUCUCAGAGACGUGUCACUGGGGGGGUUAUUCAGCAAAGCAAAAAAGUUCUUACAGUUUUUGCUGAUUUUCUAGCACGGAUCGAUGUCUCUGAGGGAACGGUGACCGCAACGGAGUUCUUUGCUGCUAAGUUGAUAUUCGUGGAAAAUGCUCACACAGAAAAGGACUCCGCAGUUGGGUUUCAAAAGUACGAGUCCGUCCGUCGUGGCGCAAUGGAUGUUCUCGCAAAGAUAUUUUCCAAGUACCCAAAUCAGCGACCCUUCAUUCUUGACGAGAUCUUAGUAUCACUAGAGAAACUUCCAUCGACCCGACAAAGUGCCAGGCAGUUUAAACUUUCCGAUGGCAAGAAUAUCCAACUUCUUACAGCAUUGGUUAUGCAACUUGUGCAGACAACUGCCUUGGAAGUACCUUCCUUUAGGUCAGCAAAGAGGAAGCUAGCAGCGAAAGCCGGUGAUGAAGAUGACGACGGCCUUGGGGAUGGAAAUGGGGUGGAUAACGAUGAAGAAUCAGAAAUGUCACUAGAGCAACUUGCUACGAAAGUUAAUCGCCUCUAUGAUAAUGCAGUUCGCAGUGCCCAGUACAUCGUCAAGUUCAUUGUGCAGCGAGCAAUGGCGUCGACAAAAACUGGCGACCAGCCGUACCGAAACAUCCUCGAUCUCUUUACUGAAGACUUGAUCGGCGUACUGGGAUCCACAGAUUGGCCUGCGGCCGAAUUACUUCUUCGUAUCAUGGCCUCUCAUAUGGUUGGUAUAGCUGACCAAGACAAGAGUCCUGCUACUACAAAGAGCAUGGCCCUUGAAUUGCUCGGAUGGAUGGGUUCUGCCAUAUCUGACCUAAUUGUCACUGCCCAACACUUAGUUCCGGCAAUGGAAGAGUCUGACAGUAAUCUCACCGAUUAUCUAAGACAAUUAUUCGAUGAUUAUUCGAACCGUGCCUUACAUCCUCAAGAUCUUGUGGUUGCAGAGGGGCCUUAUCGGAUGACUCUCGAGUAUUUUAUACAAGACCGUAACUCUGACACCUGGCAGCUCGCUAGUGCACGGGGAUAUUUUCUGGCGCAGUGGGCGAAGACUUUUUGCUCUGUAUAUUACAAUCCUGAAGAUAAGGACGAGGUGACGUACGACGACGACAGCGAAGAUUUGACCGAGCUUUUUUCCAAGCUCCUAUCUGACCCGCUGUGGUUGGAGACCCACAAGCAUUUCGACAGUGUAUCCUCCGCACAUGGAAGAUUCGCAUAUAUCCUGACGGUCUUAAAUUCAAGCUUUUGUAAAGCUUUCGACACGAUUCUGAAAGUUCUUCUCAACUCAAUUACUAGUGACCAGGCCAAGGUCCGAAGCCGCAGCCUGAAGAGUGUAAUUUACAUGCUCGAGAAGGACCCGAGUCUUCUCGAUAGGGAUACGUCAGUCAUGCGUGUGAUUCUUCGGUGCGCAACUGAUGCAUCUCCCAUGGUGCGUGAUUCCGCGCUAUCUUUGAUUGCCAAAUGCAUUACCUUGAAGCCGAAGCUUGAAGAGGAUGGUUGCCGCAGCAUUUUGACCUGCGCUGCGGACGCAACCGCGGGUGUGAGGAAGAGGUGCAUCGGCUUACUUAAAGAUGUUUACCUUAAAACGUCUCGCGCUGAGUUAAAACUAGCGAUUCUGGACAGUUUUCUCCAGCGGACGGGUGAUCCGGAAGAAAGCGUGGUUUCAUUGGCUUGUCAGACAUUCGAGGAGAUAUGGCUAGCACCUUUCUACGACCUUAUCGAUUCCACGCAAGAUGGCUCAAAGUUGAAUGUUGGCUUAACUGAGCGAGUGACGCUGAUUGUCAGUUUGGUGCAGCGCAGUGAAACAGCUCUUGAGACCCUCGGUGUUUGUCUUAAAAAGAUCUUAUCUGAUAAAUCCCGGUCUUCAGCCUUGAACUUCAAGGUGUGCAAGGCGCUGGUAUCCACGAUGUUUGAGAAGUUGGUUGAAGACAAUGAUUGUUCAGGCAAAGAAUUUCAGCAGGCACUGUUGCAUACGAUUACUGUGUUCGCGAAGUCAAACGCUAAGCUGUUCCGUCCUGACCAGCUGGAAACUCUUCACCCGUACAUUGGGCAUCUUGCGACAGCAGAGGAUCUCUUUUUGUUCCGAUCUGUCGUCGUGAUAUACCGUUGCGUCUUGCCAUUCCUGUCGUCCACUCAUCACACCCUUCUCAAGGAAGUUCAAAAUGAUCUCUUCAAAAGCGUUGCCAAACUUGCUCGUUCGGAACUUAACGAAGUUAUGGCCUGUCUUUGGACCAUUAACGGAGUUUUGAAUAACACGGACAGACUCGUAAAGCUAACGAUCUCUGUGCUCAAGCCUAUACAACAUUACAGAAACAUUGAGCUUUCCGACAAUGCCAAUACUGCCGUCUUAGCCCGGGCCAAAAGCUAUAUACGAAUUGCAGGCUGUGUUGGACGGCAUUGUGACCUAGAAAAAUACGAACCGCACUUCAAGAACGCUUUUCCCUCUUGGAAAGGUGGCUCCGUCGCUGGUUUGAUGGUAGACGCCAUUAUGCCUUUUACUCUUCCCCAUCAACCUCUUGAACUGAGGGUGAUGGCCCUCGAAAGCUUAGGCUCAAUCUGCCAAUCCUGGCCAGCCCAGUUCAGCCGAGAAGAGCCAAGAAAGAUCUUGUCCAUGGUGUUCAAGGAGGACAACCCGAGCCUUCAAAACAUUGUAUUGAGGGCAUUCGCAGAUUUCUUCGCGAUGCACGAAGGUCGGACUGAGAAGUCCGUCAUGCCAGCUGCAGAAGUUGCAGAUCAAGAAAAUUUUACAAGAUUAGGAGGGUCGAUGAAGGCUAGCGACAAUGAUGGGGCGGCUGCAUUGAUUGCCCAGCAUUUUCUACAGAGCAUGCUUCGCGUUGCACAAUCACGACAGGAUUCGUAUGCUCUAACUGCUAUUGAGUUAAUUGCUAGUAUCAACCGCCAAGGCCUUGUGCAUCCAAAGGAGUGUGCCGGCGUUCUGGUUUCUUUGGAAACGUCAACUGUUCCUGCUAUCGCGAAGGUUGCGUUUGAAACCCACAAGAUGCUUCACCAGCAGUAUGAAUCCAUGUUUGAAAGAGAAUAUAUGCGCGCUGUCCAGGAGGCUUUCUAUUAUCAGCGUGACGUGGUAGGCGACUCCAGCGGUGCUCUCAGCCGCCCAUUUGUUGCGAAGCUUGCGCCGUUGUUUGAAAUCGUUAAAAUUAGCAACAGUCGGUAUCAGAAGAAGUUUCUCGCAAACCUUUGCGCAAAGGUCGAUUUUGAACUGAAAAAACUCGAUGCUACCUGCAACCCUCCAGAGCACCUUUUGCUUGCCCGAUUUGUGUCCCAGAAUCUCGCAUUCUUUGACUACGCGCAGCACACUGAACUUGUACCAACGAUUGGCUGUAUGGAGCGCAUCGUCUCUGCGACUGGUACGGUUGUAGCCCACUCGAUUGAAACUGAGCUCUUUCCCGGCAAAGUCGAGCCUCCACAGCCGGAUGGAUUCUCUAUGCCCGUAGCAGAAGGUCCCGGUGCUGUGGCGCCCUUGCAGCAGGUCAGCCCGGAAACAUUACGGCUACUGGCCACCGCAGCUGCAGCUCUGUCAAUGCUCUGGGAAGCGCGAACCUACCUUCGCCGCCUUUAUGGAGUGACUGCCCAUACGCGAGAUAAGGGGAGCAAGGGUGUGAAAGAUCUUAACAAGUCAGCUACAAAGGUCCAUGGAGUGACCGGUGAUAAAUUCUGGGAUGCUAUCCAACGAAACAUGGCAAUAUUGGACAGCGAGGAAAACAUGCUCAACAAGUGCCGCGAAUUCGCCACAUUGCUUGCCAUCGAUGACGAAUUCAAAGUCGGGGAAGAAGAGGAUGUGGAUGGAGAUAGCUUUGAUGACCUUGAAGACCCUGGCACCGGCACUGCAGGAGGACCGGUCAGUGGACAGCGUCCGGCAAAGCGAAAGAACUCCAUUCCAGGGCAGAAUCCCGUCAAGCGACCCCGGGGCAGGAAGCCUGGAAGUGGAAAGAAACGGGCCAGCAUGGAGCCUGACGGGGAGUUGGACUGGCACUGA